AUGACUACUUCAUGGAUUUCGUCGCCGGUGGAAAUAAUCCAGAAGGACAGGUUCCAAGGUUGGUGUAUCCCUAUAUCGUCAAAAAAUGAGAUUCCAUUGCUGAUAUCGCAACUGCACGAGGAAAACCCUGCUAUCAAGAAGGCUACCCAUCCUGCCAUGUUCGCCUGGAGAACUGCUAUAACUGCGCCCAAACCCCCACAUAUAGCGAAUCUCGAUCAGGGAAAGAACGACAACGGGGAGAAAGGGGCCGGAGAACGGCUGGUGUCCAUUCUUAACGACUUCAAGCUACUCAACGUGCUGUUGUUGGUGGUAAGAUGGCAUAAUGGCCCCAAUCUCGGCAGCAAACGAUUCAGAGUGAUCAGCAAGGUGGCUACAGCCCAAACCUAA